AUGAUGGCUUUCCACAAAAACUCUCUUGCAUUGUCGGGCUUUUUGUUUUUGCUUGGAUGCUGCUCUACCACAGUAGCAACUGGCCCCACAGUCUUAGUCGAGAAUGGCACGUAUGAAGGGGUUUAUAGUAGUACCUAUGACCAGGACUUUUUCUUGGGCAUACCCUUUGCGCAGCCACCUUUGGGCUCGCUCAGGUUUCACCAGCCUGUGUCGUUGAAUACUUCAUGGGACGGACUUAAAAGGGCUACAGAGUAUUAUCCGGAAUGUGUUGGUUAUGGUAGCGAUGACUGGCCGUACCCGUUAUCAGAGGACUGCCUAGCUCUCAAUGUGAUUCGUCCUGCAGGGUACGAGAAUGAAAGCCUACCUGUGGCAGUGUGGAUUCACGGUGGAGGAUACUCAGAAGGCGGAACGCGAGAUCAAAGAUACAACCUCUCCUUCAUCGUCCAAAACUCUGUUGAACUCGGCAAACCCAUCAUUGGCGCUGCAGUAGCCUACCGACUCAGCGGCUGGGGCUUUAUCGACGGGAAAGAAAUCCGCGACGCAGGCGCAACAAACAUUGGAAUCCAUGACCAGCGUCUUGGCCUGCACUGGAUCCAGGAGAACAUUGCAGCCUUUGGAGGUGACCCGGACAAGGUAACCAUCUGGGGCGAAUCUGCGGGAGCUGGCAGUGUUGGGAUUCAUUUGACUGCUUACAAUGGUCGAGAUGACCACCUUUUCCGCGCAGCUAUUUCUGAAAGUGGUGGGCCGAUCUCGCUGGCUGGGGUUUAUAAUGCAACAGAAGCGCAGGGCUACUAUGAUGCAGCUGUUGCUACAGCUGGCUGCUCGUCUGCCAAAUAUACGCUCGAGUGUCUUCGACAGGCACCGUUUGACAAACUGAACACUGCAUUUAAUACAUCAGCCGCCACAAUGCCAUACACCGAUGGCGAUAUAAUCGCCGGCCCCGCAUCCGAGCAGCUCGCACGAGGCGAAUUUGUGCAUGUGCCGUAUCUAAUCGGCACAAACUUUGACGAAGGAGCCUCAUUUUCGCCAACGGGGGUCAAUAAUGACAGCGAUUUGGAAAGUGUGCUUCUUGCAGAAGGGCUUCCGCAGAAAUCAGUGACUCGGCUUUUGGAACUUUACCCGGAUAUCCCAGACUUGGGCAUCCCUGCAACGUACAAGGGUCGACCGGAUUAUCCAACGCCGGGACUUCAGUAUAAACGCUCAGCAGCGAUUGUGGGGGACUAUGUGAUGCAUGCAUGCAGACGUCUCUCGUCUCAGGCCUGGGCGAAAGCGAAUGUGCCCAGCUAUGCAUACCAUUUUAAUGUGCUUGUCAACGGCAUGACCAGUAUCGAAGGCUCUGGUCACUUUAUGGAGGUGGCCUUUGUGUAUGAUAAUACCAAUGGGCUGGGAUACUAUACCCAGCCGAAUCCCUUUGCGAAUGAACCAGAGAGUUUUGCCGCUUUGGCCAAGUUGAUGAGUCGGAGCUGGGUUAGUUUUGUGCAUGAUUUGGAUCCGAAUAACCAUGGAGUUCAAGGAAUCCCCCACUGGCCAGUGUACCAGCUCGACAAGGAUGGAUACGGCCAGGACUUUGUCUUUGAGACGAAUGCGACCAGUCACCCGGAAGCCGAUACCUGGCGGAAGGAGGGCAUUGCUUAUUUGAAUAGUAUCUGGUCUGAGCUGGGUAAAUAG